CCGAUUUGACAACUUUUAAAAAGCAUCCAUUAGACCAUUACCCCUUUCAUCCAAAACGGAGCGUACGACCCCAAGACCUCUGCUGCUUUUUUUUUUUUUUUUUUUUCUUCAGAAAAGCGCUCUGCUAGACUGCUAUAUAAUAUAUAUUCAUCCCGCGCUUUCAAAACCCAACUAUCCGCUCAAUUCAAAUUCGCUACUCACAGCAAAUUUUCUCAGAAGCCAAACACAUUGCAAAGUUUCUCGGAAUCCAAACAGCAGCGGUAGCUUCACGUCAAGCUGAUUGAAGGCAAUUUCUCUCUCUCUGCUUCAAUUUGAGUUUCUAGUAGGUAGUCUAGCCUUCCAGUAAAUCGUUAGUUCUUAGUGGAAUUGAAUGAUUGCGUAGCUUGCUUUUCUCUUGUUCAAUCUAAAUCUAGUUGAAUGAAUUAUGUUUCUCUCUGAACUCGGAUGUUAAGUUUGCCGCCGGUAGAGAGUUCUAGUUACCUUUCUUGUGCGAUUUCCUUGGUGCGUUUCUCUAAUCUGAACGCCGUUCCGUCGUUCAUCCUCGGGAUCUAUCUGAAUCGCAUGGAAUGAAUUCGAUAUUCUAUUUCCCAGCCAUUUUAGGUGUUUACUGUUUAGAAGCGGAUCAGUCCUGUUUAGGUUUCUUACUCUUUCAAGCUUCAAGCUAACGUGUUUCCGUUCGCUGCUUCGUUCCUUUUGGUCAAUUCACUGACCGCAGUCUAAUUCUGCGCUUUAUUUCUUGAUUCUUGCGCGAUUUCCUGGUUGCAUUUCCCUAAUCUGAACGCCGAUCCGUCGUUCAUCCUCGGGAUUUAUAUGAAUCUCAUGGAACAAAUUCGAGAUUCCAUUUCUCAGUCGUUUAGAAGCGGAUCGGUCCUGUUUAGGUUUCUUGCUCUUUCAGGCGAACGUGCUUCCAGUUCGCUGCUUCGUUCCUUCCGGUAAAUCCACUGACCGGAGUCUAAUUCACCGACCGGAGUAUAUUCUGCUAUCUUCGUUUUCUUGAAAAUCACCGGCCGGAGUCCAUUAUGAUAUCUCUGACUUCGGGAACUCACCGGCCGGAGUCCUCUUUUGUUCACGGACCGAAUGUAUUCAUGAGUUUUCUUUCUUUUGUUGUUUCUAGCUCAUUGACCGGAGUCAAUUCUCCUCUUUUCCUUUUCAGAUGGCGGAAAAUGAUCUGGAAGGAAUUCUAGCCCAAGAAAACGUAGAGGAGAUGGAGCGGUCACUGCGAGGUCAAGCUGCAGCUGGGAAGAAUAAAGCCCAAGGUGGCAGAGAUGCAGCUGCUGCUAAGGAACCAACUGGAAGGAAAUGGGGGGCUCCGACCAAGCUGAAGAGGGCUAGAUGGGGCUGGGCGACCAGCGGGAGGAAGCUGCAGAGUGGACGUUACGCCAAAGGUGGGCCGACGGGGAAGAAGAAUUUCUCCGCCGGCAUGUAUAAGGAGACGUAAUUGGUCUUUCGGGUUGAGCUUAGUAUAUACAAGGUGGAAUGGGGCAUGACAUUAAGUAAGCUGUAAGCACGCCCACAAAAUGUAACCGAAAAGAACCUAGACAGGAAGCCCGCCUGGUUAUGGAUGUUAAAUAGCACAGGGAAAUUGACUUGCUGGAAUAAGUCAAUAUCAAAGCCCGCCUGGAGUUACGCCGGAGCCACAAGAAUGAGAAACCAAAAUCUCUCUGCAGAAAACCAUUGUGCAGCAAUCUCAAUCUGUACGAAGGGAGUUGGGUUUUGGACGAGGCUUAUCCUCCCUACGAUUUAUCUUCUUGUCCCUUCAUUGGGAAAGAAUUCAAUUGCUUGAAGUUGGGGCGGGCUGAUCGGCGGUACCUUCAGUAUCGAUGGCAGCCGGCCGGGCGGAGACUGUAACUUGCCCAGGAGAAGAAAGGGGGAUUGGAGAAGAGAGAACUCGGGGGUUGCCUAGUGAAGAGACGACGACGGUUUGCUGGAAGAUGCGGCGACGGGAGAGGAUGGCAAUUAAUCCGAUCGGGGUCACGGUGGGCCGGCCGGCUUCUUAAAAAGAAGAGAGAACAAGAGUUUCAGCUUGGUUAGUGAGCUAGGUUGCCUCGUGCUUUCUGGGUAACUCAACUUCAAUAGCCCCAAAUAUCAGCAUCACAAGGAAGCCUCCAAAUCAAUUGGUGAUUUCCCCUUCAUUCAUCAUUGGUCUAUGGUAUAUUACUUCUGGUUUCUCUGUUUUUCCCCCUGUGUUUGAAUUUCAGGAUGAAGGCUCUGCCAUGGGAACUCACAACUCUAUCUACCCAUAAAGGGACUACUCCCGCAACGCAAGAACUCUUUUGCUGCUUCCAGAUCAAGCUCAUCCUCCGCCUCGUAUAUUACCUGCACUCCGGCCACAUCACUACAGUCCUUCUCCUUCCAGCCUUUUGGUCGGCGCCGGUGUCCACGCGGGCAUCGCGUCACUGUGCGUGAGGGCCGAAGCCAAACCCAUGUGUCAUUAGCAGCUGCCACGUGUAAGAUUGCAACGCCAGAUGUGUUGUUAAUUGUUGCUGGCAGAGGCGAUCGAUUUUGAGCCAGAGGAGGACGAUGGUGAAUAAGGUAUUAAUCAAUAUUGUCAGAACCGAUCUGAGCAUGACCCGAUAAUGCGAAUGGCUCGUAUUUUAGUGGUCUAACCGACAUUAGAUUGUUUAAAAAUCGUUAGAGAACUGGUACCUAAUAAAUGUUAUCAGUUUUA